GUGAUUUAGCACUACGCGUCGACGCACAAACAAACACCUGGAGUCAGACAUUUGCGUCACGACAGUAUUAUCAUUCAUGUAAUAAUGACUACACAAACAAAACACAAUUUGUAUUUUUUUUUCCCAAAUGCUGAAAGGCGAACCUACCAUUUCUGUGUACUGCUGGAGCAGAAGACGGAAGUGCUACAAACACCGGGCGACUUCCGCGAGUAACGCCAUUCAUCGGAAGAUACCAACUGUUCACCAAAGGGACAUCCUGGUGGCCGGGCCACCCAACGGCAGAUGUGAGGGGAGCUGCAGUGCAACAGCAUCACCCGCAAAAAUACAUCUCCCUCACUCUCAGGACUCGCAAAUAAGAAAGACUCCAGUGAACAGCAAAACUGCACAGGUGUCUGAUACAUCUGAACGUCUCAUCCAGCUUCAGCGCUGUAUGCUGCAACAUGAAUCAGUGGUUGUGAGUCAGGGAGACAGGUCUGACUCACUGCUAGCCUUUCUGGCUCUCAUGGCAGCGGUGCUGACAGAAUGUGACCUCCACUGCCAUAGUCAGAGACUCAGAGAGAUGGCCACCAGACUCGAAAGUGUGGUGGGCAAAAAUGGGGAGAAAGACUUGCUGCUGUUGCUGAAGAGUAUCACAGAUUCAAAACCUAAUGGCCUCAAACCAAGGACUCCUACAGGGCUUUACCCUCAAGACUGUCACGAGAUCUACCAAUUAGGAAUCAAAGAGAAUGGAAUCUACACCAUACAACCAGAUCCGAAGCGGCCAGCACUAGAGGCCGUGUGUGACAUGGUUUCAGCUGGUGGGGGAUGGACGGUGUUCCAGCGCCGGUUUGAUGGACAAACUGACUUUAACCGAACCUGGCAGGAGUACCGUGAUGGAUUCGGCUCCCUGCAGACAGAGCAUUGGUUAGGGAAUGCAGUUCUUUACGCACUAACCGCAAGUGGGCAUCACACGCUCCGCAUCACUCUCCAAGACUGGCACGACCAGACACGUCAUGCUAACUAUAACAACUUUAAAGUGGCAGGAGAAAACCAGAGGUUCCGCUUAACUGCUCGAGACUAUCAUGGCGAUGCUGGCAAUGCUUUCAGUUACAGCAAACAGUACAAUCACGAUGGCAGAGCUUUCAGUACAUAUGACCGGGAUCAUGAUCGCUACGCUGCUGGUAACUGUGCCCAUUAUUAUGGUGCAGGCUGGUGGUUUGAUUCCUGUUUGGCUGCUAACCUCAAUGGACGCUACUAUCACGGGCGUUACAGUGGCAUCACAGAUGGCAUCUACUGGGGCACCUGGUAUAUCCUGACUGACUAUCGCACAGGGGAACGAUACUCAUUCAAGAAUGUUGAAAUGAAAACUAGACCGAGGCGGAGCUAAGGAAAAUGUUGAUAUGUAAUCAUACUCUUGCACUACAUAUAUCAUUUAAAUAAUGGCUUGUAAUUAUAUAACCCGGACCUGCCAUUAUAUUGAACUUGAGAUUUUUAGAUAAUUGUAUGAUAUGAGAACACAUUUAUAAACAUUUAUUUUUGAAAAAAAUGUCAAAUGUAAUUUUAAGAAAACUCUUUUACUCAGUGUAUAUUAUCGAUUUUCAGUUACAGUUGUUUUUUGAGACACAAAUAAACUGUCAAACACUAUUCGUGCUGCAAAUACAGGAAUUUAUUUUUUUAAACAAGGUCUUUAAUCGAGGUCAAAAAUCUAUUUUCUAAAUACGUUAUUGAUCUUGCUGUGAUCAAUUCAUGUGCAUAUGUUUCUUUAUCUCAUAAUUCUUAAUCAAAAUGUUCAAAACCACUGAAUCUUUUAGUGAAAUGACAGGUGACAAAUGCGAUCAUUCUCCAAUAAUUUAGUCUUCUUAAAUCACAACUUUUACUUAUAAUUGACUGCAAGCUCUGCAUCAGCUAAUAUGCCUUCAUCCAAUCAACAACUUGUGAAUAGAACCAAGACACUGCUUUACAUUUUUCCUUUCUUGAUAAUCUGUUUUCUCGAGUAUGUCAUAAUACAGAAAAAAGAUCAUUGCUACUUUCUUUUAUUGUUAAGUUUAUUAAACAACUCUAUAGAAUACUUCCCCCUAAAUUUUUCUGUUGACAAAUCU